AUGUCGGCCUUCGUACGGGUCUCUGGACCUCCUAACAGCAAUUUCCUGGUCGGCUACCCAGGCAUAUCGGCCACCCUCCCCCGGAUAGAAGGCCGCGUGGAGAUACGCCCCGCCGCCGGAGUCACAGCGCCCGUCACCGUUUCCCUCGUCACCGUCUCGCUGCAGCGCCGAGAAUGCAUCAACCCUACCGCCGACUCGCUCCUCCGGUCCUCGCUGUCCUCGCCGAAGAAGGAGAUCACAGAUAUCGUGGGCAAGGAGAUGCUGCUAUACCGCACCCCGCAGGGCAGGGAAUCGGAGUCAAUAUUAUGCAUGGACCUGCCGUUCGUGAUCUUCAUACCCUACGGCAGAGGCGGGGAGGAGAUAGCGAAGAGGACACCGCCGCCGAGUUUACAACUGGACAAGCGGCAGGCGGAGACGUAUUAUGAGAUAGUGGUGACGCUGCAGCAAGGGCCGCAGGAGCAAAGAAAGUUUCCAUUUGCGGUACCGAUACAGCGAUACGACACGCUGAGCACGUUUGGGAUGUAUAACAGACCUGAGAGCGCGGAGCGAGUGACGGAUCAUCUGGUGACACUGGGCAUAAGUCUACCGCGCUGGAGCUACGGACCGCUGGAUCCCGUUUCGGUGUACAUCAAGCUCUCGCCGAACCCAGACUGGCUGUCGAAGUCAAAGAAGGUUACGAUUCAAGCAAUUACGGUGGGGAUUGACGAGGAAAUUACUUAUAAUCCCGAAGGCGACGACCCCAAGAGACACACGAAGCAGCUCGCGCGGCAUCAGCAGAGUGUGGGUGUCAAAAUGCCGGAAGCUGGGUACUUUACGAAUCUUGGUCUGGUGUUUCCGGCGCGAGAGCUGAGGGACAGCGAAGGGAUACUGCCAAGGAGCAAGAAGGAGUUUCCAUUGUACCCAGUGGCUGGCUUCACGACUACGGCGACGCUGUAUAAGAUCGAAUAUUUCAUCACCGUGAAGGCAAAAUUGUCUUCAGCACGCGACAUACUCCUCCGACAGCCCAUCGUAGUCUGCCCGUUUGACCAUGCGCAGUGCAAGGAGGAAAUGGAGGGUAUUGAGCUCGCCGCGAGAGACGCCGCCCAUGUCAGCCAGGACAAUCCGAUGCUGCCGGCUUGCACCAUCAUCCGAGCUAACGAUCCUGCUGGGAUGCGAACGCUGGGAUACACGAUGGUUGGUGGGCAUCGGAAGUUGUUGAUUGAGUGA